AUGAUUCGCAUGGCGCCUAGGUUUAGGCUAUAUAGAGAUAGACAUAAACCAUUUUACUACAGCUUAAUAAUAUUCUCUAUUUUAGCACUAACUACCUAUAUAUAUUUAACAUUUAAUAUUACAAAGCUAACAGAGGAAAAGUUUGUAUCAUACUCAUAUCAAGAUUUAGAUUCAGAGACACAACAUACUUUCUAUAAAGGUUGUUUAGACAUCAAGUCAUAUUUGAAUGAUGCAUCAUAUCGUAAGUCUAAUGCGUCAUUUGUUAUGUUAGCAAGGAACCAAGAAUUAGAUGAUGUAUUGUCAACUUUGUGCGACAUAGAAUCACAUUUCAAUCAAUGGUAUCAUUAUCCGUAUGUGUUUUUAAAUGAUGAACCAUUCACAGAAGAAUUCAAACAAAGGGUCAGACAAAACGUUACAGGUUCUGUUCAAUUCGGUACUUUAAAGGAAUUAGAAUGGGAAUUCCCAAAUGAGGUUCGUGAAACUAUAGAAUUCACAGAAAGAAUAAAGGAUCAAGCAGAUAGAGGUGUAAUGUACGGUGAUUUAGAGUCGUAUCACAAGAUGUGCAGAUUUUAUUCAGGUCUCUUUUACAAACAUCCCCUGGUUAGAGCAUAUGAUUGGUAUUGGAGAAUUGAACCGGAUGUGAAAUUUUUCUGUGAUAUCACAUAUGAUCCCUUCUUUGAGAUGGAGAGAAAUGGGAAAGAGUACGGUUUCACAGUUGUUCUUCAAGAGUUAUAUUGGUCUGUGCCAGGUCUUUUCAGGGCCACGAGAAGUUAUAUUAGAAACAAUAAAAUAAAAUUAGGUUCAUUGUGGAAAUUAUUUGCAGGGUCUUUUGAAUAUGCUCAAACUAAUGAUAAAUAUUUAGAAAAGACAGUAUUGGACGAAAAACUGCUGAAGGAAAAGCUCGAAGAAAAGAUUAAAAUUGAUCGCUUGCUUCAAAAAACACAAAAAGACGAUGUUGAUCUCAACAAUAAAGAUGAUAUCGGUGGUUUAAAUCAUCUUAUCAAUAGGGCUCAAUCAAAAGUGCCUAUAUUCGAUGAUAAAAUCGAUAAUGAAGUAUUUAACUUGUGUCAUUUUUGGUCAAACUUCGAAAUUGCGAAGAGAACAGUAUUUGAUAACCCAAUUUAUGAUGAAUAUUUCAAACAUUUAGAAGCUUCAGGAGGUUUCUGGAAAGAAAGAUGGGGUGAUGCGCCUGUACAUUCAUUAGGACUUGCACUGACCCUAGAUAUAGAACAGAUACAUUAUUUUCGGGAUAUUGGUUACCAACAUUCAACUAUUGUUCAUUGUCCAAAAAAUGCACCACAAGAGUUGCAAUUGCCAUAUAUUGCUGGAUAUGAUAAAUUUUCGAAGAAAGACUCCAAGUAUUAUGAUCCUCCAUUUAAUGUUGGUUCUGGGUGUAGAUGUGAGUGUCCGUCUCGACAUCUUGAUAUAGAGGACACAUCUUACCCAUGUAUGGAUUUCUGGUUGGAAUUAGCACAUGGUAUUGAGGAAAAUACGAAUUUUGGCGAUGGUGAAUACUUUCCAUAUGUUGAUCUGGACCAAAGAGAAGAAGAGAUGAAGAAUGAGUUUUAUUCCAACGUUUGA